GCAAGAGUGACGUCAGAAUGUAGCUUUCCAUUGUGUUGCUAAUUUAAAAGGAGAUUCCGUCAAAUCGUCUUUGUAACUUUGUUCUUCAAGUUUUUUUUUUCCAUUUCUUAAGUUGUGUUAGAGUCGCUUUUUUCCCGCAAGGAGGAUGAAGUAGGUUGGAUGAAGGAAUCGCUAAACUUCCCAUCGGUGUCCGAAUGAAAUUUAAAUCGCUUUUGUCUUUUCUCGGGAAUCACUGUUGGGUGCAAAUUCCCAAUCCAAGGAAAAGUCUUGGUCGUCCUUUGUUGGCCACGUUGGGUUGUUUUUAAUCGCUAUGGAUCUUUACCAAUUUAAGGACAUCUUUCUGGUUAAGAGAGUGUUUGCUCUCGAGAAUAUGACAGAUUUUACAAAUGCUAAAUCACAUGGAUGCCAUAACGGAGCUCUAAUGGACAGAUUUGGAGUUUUAAUACAAGGUCUACUUGCAAUUAUUGCCUUCAGCACUUUGAUGAUAAAAAGGUUCAGAGAACCCAGAGAAGAGAGGCGACCAUGGAGAAUUUGGUUUUAUGACACAUCUAAGCAAGCUAUUGGAGCUCUCUUCAUUCACUUUGCCAAUGUGUUCCUGUCCAAUUUCACAGAAGAGGAUCCAUGUUCCUUAUACCUCAUGAACUUCCUGUUGGAUGCCACUCUGGGGAUGCUUCUGAUCUGGAUCGCCGUGAAAGUUAUCACCAGGGUGGUGGAAUACAAACAGUUUACAUUGCUUACCUUUGGAGAAUAUGGAGACCCCCCUCAAGUGUCUGCAUGGAUAGGACAGUGUGGGGUAUACAUGCUUAUCAUGGUUUUUGAGAAAACCGUGAUAAGUCUUGUUCUGCUUAUUCCUGGCUGGACCAAACUUCAAGACGUUUUGUUGGACUAUAUCCCGAACCCACAGCUGGAGCUGGUGCUGGUCAUUCUGAUUGUGCCUUUCGUUGUUAACGCAAUAAUGUUCUGGGUUGUUGAUAGCUUGAUGAUGAGGAAAUACAAGAACCAGAAGCCAACGGAGAGCCCCCAGAGCAACAAAUCAGACGAGGCCCCAGCAAGAGCAGUCGAUGAGGAGUCACAGGUGCUGUUGACUAAUGAAAAUGACAACGAUCUAUUGGAAAAGCAAGCUUAACGGAGAGGCCCUCAAAUGUGAUUGGAGGCAGAUAGAAAAGGCAAAGUGUCCAGCAUGCCAAGACCAGUAGCUGCCCCUGUUAUCCUUUGAGAGUUUGCUGCAGCUCGCAAGAAUGGGAUUGGUGAAUGAUAGUUCAACUAAUGGAAGAUAAACAUAAAACUGUUCACAUAAGAUAAGAAACUUAAAAAUUUGCAGGGUUUCUUGGGUUAUAAAAUAUAUACAAAGUUACUGUCUUAUUGCUGCAUUUGACAAAAUGUACAUUUCUACUUCACAAAACUGAGUAUUUUUACGGUUUUGAGUUACUAUCAAAUCUAAGGGUUUUGUAUUUGUUCAUUUUUGUGUCACUGUGCUAAGUUGUGAAUGUAUGAAUUGUGUAUGUUCGUACAUGUAUAUUUUUGACCUACUGACUUCAUACAGUGACAUACAUACUGCAAAAAUACUGUUUCAGAAUUAAAUUAUCUUUCUAGUGCA